ACAGUGAUGACAUGACGUUAAAAAGAUAGAACAUUCACCGGACAUUCAAUCUAUUACUAGUAUUUUUGCACCGUAUCAGUCACAAAACGAUAAGAGAUUACGAAAAUGGAGACGUCACUUGUACUUCCGAUCGUUGAUAUUUCUUCACCGGACAAAAUCACCACUGCACGGUUGAUUCGCCGGGCAUGUGUGGAACAUGGAUUCUUCUAUGUUAAAAAUCAUGGCAUCCCGGAAGAAUUGAUGGAAGGGGUUUUCAGGGAGAGCAAAAGAUUCUUCAAUCUCCCACUAGAGGAUAAGAUGGUUUCACUACACCGUGAUUUUCUCGGUUAUACUCCACUGUAUGCUGAGAAACUCGACACGUCCUUGACCACCAUAGGUGAUUCCAAGGAAAGCUUUUUUCUUGGCUCUUCAGAAGGCGUUCGCGGUCAGUGUUACCCAAAUCAAUGGCCUUCUGAAAAUCUCUUGCCAUCAUGGAGGCAAACCAUGGAAUGUUACUACAAGAAUGUAAUGUCCGUGGGUAGAAAGUUGCUCGGCUUGGUUGCCUUGGCAUUAGAUUUAGAUGAGGACUUCUUCAUUAAAAUUGGAGCCUUGAAUGAUCCUGCAGCAGUUGUUCGGCUCAUACGCUAUCCAGGUGAAGUGAUUUCAUCGGAUGUAGAAACAUAUGGUGCCUCAGCUCACUCAGAUUAUGGAACGGUCACUCUUCUUUUGACUGAUGAAGUUCCAGGACUUCAGGUUUGUAGAGACAAAUCGAAACAACCACGCACUUGGGAAGAUGUUCCUAGACUCGGAGGGGCGUUUAUCGUCAACAUUGGUGAUUUGAUGGAGAGAUGGACCAACGGAUUGUUCCGGUCUACGUUGCACAGAGUGAUGCCGGUGGGAAAAGAGCGCUACUCGGUGGCGUUCUUCUUAGUUCCCAAUCCAGAUUGUAAUGUAGAAUGCUUGAAGACUUGUUGCAGCGAAACUUCUCCUGCAAGAUUCCCGCCUAUACUCGCCGGCGACUAUAUUAAGGAGCGUUUCAGGAUAACCUACGCCACUUAGUCCUAGUGUCUUUUAUGAUUAUAUUAUGUGAUGUAAUAAACUUCUACCUUAUGCAUGAAAUAUGGUAUAAAAAUACAAAUAUGUUCUAGAAAAAGCUCAACUGUUUGUAGUUUAAAUUUUAUUUUCCUC